CCCGCGCCGCAGCCGGGCCGGGAGCAGCGCUGCGGAGGCGAGGGCCGCGGGGCCGGGCGGGCGCGGCGAUGAUGAACAGGUUCCGAAAGUGGCUGUACAAACCCAAGAGAUCGGACCCACAGCUGCUCGCCCAGUUCUACUAUGCAGAUGAGGAGCUGAACCAGGUGGCGGCUGAGCUGGACAGUCUGGACGGGCGCAAGGACCCGCAACGGUGCACGCUGCUUGUCAGCCAGUUUCGCUCUUGCCAGGACAAUGUGUUAAACAUCAUUAACCAGAUCAUGGACGUGUGCAUCCCACAGGACCGAGCCCCACGGGAUUUCUGUGUCAAGUUCCCCGAGGAGAUCCGGCAUGACAAUCUGGCGGGCCAGCUGUGGUUCGGCGCCGAGUGCCUGGCUGCCGGCUCCAUCAUCAUGAACCGUGAGCUGGAGAGCAUGGCCAUGCGGCCGCUGGCCAAGGAGCUGACCCGCAGCCUGGAGGAUGUGCGGGGCACCCUCCGUGACCAGGCGCUGCGGGACCUCAACACCUACACAGAGAAGAUGAGGGAGGCCCUGAGGCACUUCGACGUCCUGUUUGCCGAGUUUGAACUGAGCUACGUCUCGGCCAUGGUGCCCGUGAAGUCCCCCAGGGAGUACUAUGUGCAGCAGGAGGUCAUCGUGCUCUUCUGCGAGACCGUGGAGAGGGCCCUGGACUUCGGGUACCUGACCCAGGACAUGAUUGAUGACUACGAGCCUGCCCUCAUGUUCACCAUCCCCAGGUUGGCCAUCGUGUGUGGCCUCGUGGUCUAUGCGGACGGACCUCUCAACUUGGACCGCAAGGCAGAAGACAUGUCUGAGCUAUUCCGGCCGUUCCACACGCUGCUGCGGAAGAUAAGGGACUUGCUGCAGACCCUGACCGAGGAUGAGCUUCACACACUGGAAAGGAACCUCUGCAUUUCCCAAGACGUGGAGUUCCCUAUCCGGGCAGACGCCCAGAUGCCCCCCACCCUGGCACCCGCCUUUCCCUCACCCCUUCCCCCUGAGGAGCUGCUCUCAGCCAAGGCCAAAAACCCAGAUGCGGAGCUGGCCUGCUCCAUGCAGUAUGAUGACCAGGAGCUGGAGCAGCUCAACCGCAUGGUGCACAGGGCCGGGGACGAGAUGUCAUCCCUCUUGUCCCCUCCCAGUGCCUGCCAGUCCCCUGCACACAGGCCAGGGGUGGAGGGCAGCCCCCACAGGGAGGCAUCCCCAGGCAGCGCUCGGCUACGGCCCAGCAGCGAUGAGGAGGAAGGAAGGGUGUUCUUCAUGGAUGAUGUGGAGGGAGCUGCAGAGGUCCUGGGCAGCCCAUCUGGGUGGACAGGCAGUGCCAGUGCUGACCCCCAGGAGAGAGGGCAGGACAGGGGGCGUGGAGAGGCGGAUGUCAGCCAGCCCUCUGAGGCUGAGGAAGGGGACCUGAGCAAUAACAAUGACGUCUCGCAUGAUAAGAUGUGGGCGCUGGGCCCCAACUCCUGCAGCUGCCUGGACUCUCAGCCACACCUGGAUGGCUGGGAGGCGGGCAUGGACGCCGCAGAGACAGCCGAAAUGAUCGCCCACCGGACAGGGGGCAUGAAGCUCUCGGCCACCGUCAUCUUCAAUCCCAAGUCAGCCCCCACUGUGGCCUCUACCAUCGCUGCCUCGGACACCCCCGGAGACAGCGUCACCCCGCUGGAGCCCAUGGCCGAGGGGACAGACAGUGGCUCCCACAAACUCAGCACUGCAGCCACCAGCUGCCUCCUUAACUCCUGUGUGUGCUGCGGGGGCGGCAGGGAGGACGCUGCCGCCCAGAGCCUGCAGGACAAAUGUGGCCCCGGAAGCGUCAUCAGCGCCUCUUAUGUCAGCUCCACCAAGGCCAGUGCCAAGGGCCUGGCCAAGGGACAGGAGGAGGCGCGGCCUGUGCUGGAGGUGCUACCCUCCGAGGACACCCCUACCUCCGACAAGUGCCUGACACACACCUCGAGUGCACAGGUGAACACAGCAGACAAGUCACCUGCAGCAGGCAGUGGCACAAAUCCGGCUGGACAGCAGGACAGGGCGGAGCCCCCAAAGGCCAGGGUGGAGAGUCAGCAGGGAGAGGCAGCCGAGGAGGAGCCUCAGUGCCUGUCAGGCUCUAGUGGCUCCACGGACAGAUCCUGCUCCUCAGACAAGACUGCGCUGGACGCAGCCCCCGUGGCCACAAGGGAGAAGAUCCGGUCCAGGUUCCACGGCAGCCACGACCUGAUCCACCGCCUGUUUGUCUGCAUUUCAGGGGUAGCUGACCAGCUGCAGACAAACUAUGCCAGUGACCUGAGAAGUAUUCUCAAGACCCUUUUUGAGGUCAUGGCCACCAAGCCAGAAACAGAUGACAAAGAGAAGCUAAAGAAGGUGACCCAAAGCCUGCGGAGUGCAGCCUUAGAAGACUGUGCCCUGUGCCAGGAGACCCUGUCGUCCUCUGAACUGGCAGCCAAGACCCGGGAUGGGGACUUGGAAGAUCCACCCGAAUGGGUCCCAGAUGAGGCCUGUGGCUUCUGCACUGCAUGCAAAGCGCCCUUCACUGUCAUCCGCCGGAAGCACCACUGCCGCAGCUGCGGGAAGAUCUUCUGCUCCCGCUGCUCCUCACACUCGGCGCCGCUGCCCCGCUAUGGGCAGGUGAAGCCUGUCCGCGUGUGCACGCACUGCUACAUGUUCCACGUCACACCGUUCUACAGCGACAAGGCGGGCAUUUGACACACAGCCCUGGCACUCCCCAGACCAGCCAGGGCCUGAAGGACUCCCAGGAAGGAGGUGCCACUGGCUGUGGGAGGGUUUUCACUGCAUUCAUUGAACUGCUGCCACCCCCACUGGAGGAGGCUGCAGGCUGCCCAGAUUUCCAGAACGUCCAGCACCUCCGUCCCACCCACCCUGGCCCCCUGACUUGUGGGGACCCCCAGCCAGCUGUAGGAGCUGACAGGAGGUUGGCUUCAGGCAGUGGGGGUAUCCAGGGCUGCCAGGUGGCUGCCUGGGCACGGGUGGGCUCUCGUCCUGCCUGCCCCUUGCCCCUGGGCCCCUAGCCCGCUGAGCCCUGCCCUGAGGUAGAAGAGCCCACUCUUGCCUGGGGAAGUGGGGGUUGCACCCAGAGCUAAAGCCUGGGCAGAAGGUGGACACCUCCAGGAAAGGGGCCAGGCCUCAGGGUCCCCUAGGACUUCCCCAUGCACUGCCCAUUCUCUCUCCCUGCCCUGAGCCCAUGGCUGCACCCUUGUUCCCCAGCGCUGCCCGUCCCUGCUCCCCUGGGGACCUUGGCCAGACAACAGGCAUCUUCUUUAUUCUCAGGUGGGGAGAUGCAGAUAUACACCCAGCUCCUCCAGGCCAGCAGGUGAGCCCCUGCCCGAGUGUGCCCACCUGCUGACAAUAUGGGGGCAAACGGCUGCCCAUACCACGCUGAGACCCAGCUCCCCAGGUUCUUGGGCCCGGGCUCCCAGGGGCCAAGGACCACUGGAUGUUGCCCACCUGCUACCAUGACCCCCUCCCCUCUGUCCCUCUCCCAGGGGACCCUGGCCCACCUCCUAGACCCUGGAUUGGCCCAGCCCCUGGGCCGAGGCAGCCAGCGGGCCCUAGCACGGACACCUCAGGCUUAAAUCUCAGGCUUCACAUUGCAGUGACGAUUGCAGCUUUAUUUUUAGAGAUGGCACACUACUGCUUCUUUUAUAAGAAAAUCCAACUACUGCUGAACAGUGUGUACACAUGCACAGAAAUGGCUUCUGGGGUGGAAGUAUACAACAGAGGGAAUAUUAUGUAUUGAGAUUAUUUUUAUUUUCUAAAUGCUGUAAUUCGAAGCCAUUUCCAUAAAUCUCUUUAAGGAUUGCAGACACUCGUU